ACAAAAACAACUUUACUCUCGGAGCUUAGCAGGCAGGGAGAGGGGGAGAGAAUCAGCCAUGGCCGAGAGCGAAAGAUUGGACGCUGCCCAACCGCAGCAAAUCGACGAGCCGAAACAGCCACGCGGCGACGAAGGAGACAAGGAUUUGGAUGGAGGCGGGGAGGAAUUGGAACCAGUCUUCGAUGAUGAAGGGGAAGGAGAAGAGGGUUAUUGUGGUGAUGGUGAUGAAGGUGGUGAGGACGAGGCUCGGCGCGGCGAGCUGAAUACGGCCGUUGCUGAGGUGAAAGUAGGCGCUGGUGCUGAGUCGUUGAGGUCUAGGCCGGAGGAGAAGUCGGGAAACCUAGGUGUGGCGGCGGCGGCAGUACCGGAAAAGGAUCAGUGUGUAGUGGAUGAUCUGGCAGAUUCCAGCGGGAAUCCAGCUUCGGAGGCGCGUACGGAAGCUGAAUUCAAGGAACAAGUGGGAUCGUCACAGCAAGAAGCUUUGGAGGAUGAUCCUCCACAGGAUGCUAAAGCUGAGACUGAAAAUGGCCUUCAGUUGUCUGUUUGUCCAGCUCCUGCAUCAGAGCUGUCGCCAACUUCGGUUACCCAACCCGUGUCAGCUGGUCCAAGUCCAACAGUUCCUGAGCAGAGAUUGCCUUUGUCUAAGUGCACCAGUGGUCCUGUGCAAGAAGCAGAUCAACCAGAGCCCUCUGAUAUUAGAAAGCUAGUCAUACCUGUUCCGAAAACGGCUACCCCUGAUGGUUACAACUGGCGAAAGUAUGGUCAGAAGCAAGUGAAGAGUCCUUAUGGUUCUCGGAGCUACUACAGAUGCACGCAUUCCGACUGUUUUGUUAAAAAGAUCGAGUGCACUGAUCAUUGUGGCCAUGUCAUUGAGAUUGUUAAUAAGGGAAUGCACAGUCACGAUCCACCUCGGAAGAGCAAUUCCAAAAGGGUAAGUAGGAUUGCAUCAUUUGGUGGGCGUACUUCAGAGGCUGUCAUUACACAACAUGCAAGUAGACUUAAAGAAUCGGAUCCAGCAAUGCCGUUAAAAGAACCUACAGAAGAAAAGGCCAUGAUCGCUCAUAGAAAACGUUUGAGCCCAAGUGGCUCUAGUGAGAAUGAUCCUCGUCAAAUUAAAGAGGAACAUGCCUGUGUAUCAGAACCCAAAAAAAGGAUGAAAAUGGAUGAUCUGGAUUGCUCAGGGGCUCUCACCAAGACUGAGAAGAAGCCUAAGUUUGUUGUGCAUGCUGCUUGCGAUGUUGGGAUCUCAGGUGAUGGAUAUAGAUGGAGAAAAUACGGACAGAAGAUGGUAAAGGGAAACAGUCAUCCCAGGAACUAUUACAGAUGCACAUCUGCUGGUUGCCCAGUCCGCAAGCACAUCGAGACAGCAGCCGACAACUCCAGCUCUGUCUUCAUAACAUACAAAGGCAUCCAUGAUCAUGACAAGCCGGUCCCAAAGAAGCGUCAAGGCCCGCCUAGCGCUCCUCUGAUCACCGCCGCAGCUGCAGCAGCCUCCAUGAACAACGCCGUGCAGCAGCAAAAUAAGAGAACCGUGCCCCCGCUGAAACCAGAAACCUCAUUAACUGUCGGAGGUGACGAAAGGAAGGACAAGGCGGUCGAAUCAACAGCUCGGGCUCUCAUAAGCAUUGGCUUCGAAAUCAAGCCUUGUUAAAAUCAAGCCUUGUUAAGUAAGUAACUUAAAGAAUGGUGUUGAUCAUUCCUUCCUCUUCCAUUUUUUUUUUCUCGUUUGCUUUCCUUUUUUAUUGAAUGAGUGGAUGUUGACAAUGAGAAGAAGGAAGAAAAAGAACAGUUGUAUAUGAGUGUAGUAGCGGUGGAUUACUGCCCCGUGAUUCGAUUGACUUGGGGGAUAAUAUUAGUAUUAGCCUUAACCAAUCUUGUAUCUAGCUGAGUAGUAGCUCAUUACUGUGUUUAAUCGAGAUCUCGAGUUCGUUUGACUAAUUGUAGUGACCUGUAUUAGUAGGAAGAAGAGAAAUUGACCCCAUUUUUCUUUGUCCGUAAGGGACCCAUGAUCC